CGACACAUCUCAAUUUGAAAUAUCAGUUAACAUGUGAGAUAAACUCGCUCAACCGUUCUGCGUGGUCAAAGUCGUCCCGUCGUAUCGCUCGCCUGAUAACUCUAAGGUGCUCGCUCAGUCGCCGUCUGGCAGUUGGCUGGUCCGCGCUUACCGGCGUUCCGUAGAAUCUCCCUCACUAACCGUACCGCAAGCACGAUGAAGCACAAACAGAAAGUUUACAUUACGUCUGUGGACGACUCCGAGUCCUCGAACCGGGCGCCAACGCCGCCGGUCCAGCGGUCCCCUCCUCCUUCUCCUCAGCAGCAGCAGCAGCAGCAUCCACAGCCGAUACCGUCGAUUGAUCUGACCAUGGCCUUGAGCGACAAGUACGGUGUCGGCGGCAGCUAUGACGACAAUGGCGGCUCCGCCGACGAGAUGCAGCAAAUUAACGUGACCAGCUUGACGACCCCGGGUACGGGGAUGACCUCGCGGGAAUCUUCCAUUAAAGGUCAUGAUGGGGCGGGUUGUGCCAAGGGUUGGGUCAACUGGUCCCAACCGUUGACGCUGCUGGCCGUCUUUGUGCUGCUGUGGGGAGUGGCCUACUCGAUUCUGCCCCGCGAGCUGACCGAUCCGGACACGCCGAUGAUGCGGCUGUGCUUUCUGUUUGUCGGGGCGCAAGUGGCCGGGGUGCUGUGCACGCUCGUCGGACUGCCCGACAUGCUGGGCAUGCUGUUCUGGGGCGUUCUGUACACCAACGUGGGCCUGGCGGACUUCAAGGGGUUGCUCCGGGUGGAGGCGUUCCUGAGAGAUAUGUCCCUCAUCAAUAUUAUGCUGCUGGCCGGGUUGGGGCUGGACUACGACGCCCUCAAGAAGCUGUUUCGCAUCAUAAUGCAGCUGACGCUGAUUCCGACGGCGGCCGAGGUCGUGGCCAUCACCGUGCUGUCCCACUACCUGCUCGAUCUGCCCUGGCUGUGGGGCGUGCUGCUCGGCCUGGUCAUCACGGCCAUCUCGCCGAACGUGGUCGUGACGGUGAUGCUGCGCCUCGCCGAGCAGGGCCUCGGCAAGUCCAAGGGCAUCCGGACGAUGAUUCUGGCCACGACCAGCUGCAACGACGUGCUGGCCAUCUUUCUGUUCGGUGUCAUUCUGGGGGUGAUUUUCUCCACGGGUAACCUGACGAGCCAGAUCCUCCAGGGACCAAUCGGUAUCGUAAUUGGUCUCGUCUUUGGCGGCGCCUGCGGACUCCUGCUGCUCUACUUGCCAUCGUAUCAAGCGAAAUACACCAACGGGUUGCGCUUCACGGUGACGAUCCUGGCCGGCACGUUGGCCGUCGUGGGGAGUCGCCUCGUCGGGUAUCCUUCGGCGGGCGCCCUCGGCUGCAUCAUGACGUCGUUCGUGGCCGGGACGGGCUGGAAGCGGCGGUUGGACUACGACACCAACGAGGUCGGUGCGUACCUGGACCUGCUGUGGAAGUUCCUGAAGCCGGUGUCGUUUUCGCUCAUUGGCAAGGAGGUCAACUUUGACGUGCUCGAGGGCAGCAUGGUGCUGUACGGGACCAUCACGCUGCUGGUGGCCGUUGGGUUCCGGUUGGUCUUCUCGUACUUCUCAACCCUGGGUAGCGAUCUGAACUGGAAGGAAAAGGCGUACGUAACGUUGUCCGGAUUUCCCAAGGCCACCGUCCAGGCAGCGCUCGGACCGGCGGCGUUGGAUCUGGCCCGGUCGUUGAACGCUACUGAUGAGUUGGAGCGAGCGCAAACCGUGCUGAUCGUGACGGUUGUGGCAAUCAUCCUGACCGCGCCGCUGGGAGCACUGCUGAUGGUGAAGUUGGCACCUAAAUGGCUAAAGAAGGAUCCGAUUGGAGAGGGUGGCGUAGUUUGAGGGGGUUUUGAGUGUGUGGUACUUAUUUUGAAACAAUUACAGUGCUUAACUGGACUACUUAAGGCGGGUUCACACGUGUGCUUGAGUGAAAUAAUUGAUAUACCUCAGAUUUUAUAGAAUCUUGUUGUUUUC